UCCAUCCAUAAGAAAUUACUGGAGUACUACUGCACCCAGGAUGCUACAUGCAUCUGCGUAUCCUGCUGCGCCUUCGGAGAACAUCGGGGGCAUCAGGUCGCUCUUCUCUACGAGGCCUCCAAGAAGAAGAAGGAGAAACUGAGGAAGGUCAUGGAGAAGCUGACCUCGAAGAGAGAAGAGACCGAAAAGAGGGUGCAAAGUUUACAGGAACACCGGCAAAAAGUGGAAGAGAAGGCGUCGACCAUCACCGAGAGGGUUACCCUCUUGUUCAAGGAGAUUCGAGAAGAGUUGGAGGUCUUGGAGAAGAAGGUCUUGACCGAGAUCUCCAGUCAAGAGGAGCAGGUUUGCCUUCACGUGACCGACCUCAUCCAACAACUGGAGGUGGAGAAGGAAGAGCUGACCAAGAAGAUGCAAUGCAUCGAAGAGUUGUGCAACGUCACCGACCCGUUGACCGUCUUGCAAGGACGGGAGUCGGAGGCCGCCAACUGUUACGUCGCAGAGGACGGAGAACAUGGCGAGAAGAAGAGAGAUGACAAGAAGGUCCAGGCCGUGUGCGAUCUGGAUGAAGGUCUGAUCUCGGUGAUGAUACACACGGCCUUAACGGACAUCGUGACCGGUCUAAAUGUCAAGAGAGGCUUCAACAUGAAGGUGGCCUCCAAUAUAAUACUGGACGUCAACACGGCCGGAGACUACGUAGCGGUGUCCCGUGACUUGAAAAUGGCCUCCUGGUCAGAGACUAAGCAGUGCCGACCCAAGACCCUGGAACGGUUCGUCAAUUAUCACAUAUUAAGCACCAGGAUAUUCACCACUGGACAGAAUUACUGGGAGGUGGAGACCAGCGAAUCCGGCUACUGGAUGGUGGGACUGGCCUACCCAAGUAUCGAGAGAAAAGGAGACCGGGCCGUGACCGGCUACAACAAAAAAUCCUGGUGCCUGCGGAUGUCGGAUAAGAUGCACUCGGCCAUACAUGACUCGAAGAUAAACCCUCUGUUCCCCGACACAUCGGUGCAAAGGCUCGGCAUCUACCUGGACUACGAGGCAGGCCGUCUGUCCUUCUACCAGGUGUGCGAGUCCAUCAGGCACCUGCACACCUUCAUCGCGCACUUCACAGAGCCUCUUCACGCCGCCUUCUGCGUGUAUAAUAAUUCCUGGGUCCGGAUCAGGAGCUGAGACGUCUCGACUUUAUGACCUUGGGUGGUCACGGUGCUGAUGGGAUUGGGCGGUGAUGAGGGAUAUUGUCUUGUAUCGCAACUGCCGGGGGUCAGUGUCUGGGCUGUGCCGCUUCUACAUGGUGCAAUACAAUGAGGGGCCCUGCGUUUCGAGCUUUGUACUUGCUGCUAUUUUACACAUUGAUACACGAGACUCUUUUGCUACGAGAAAAAAUUGAUAUUUUACUAUUUGUAGGUACAUGCGAGAUACCCCCAUAAUAGAGCUCUGACGUCACCACUAGGGGCAGUGGUGUAGCUACAGGGGGUGAAGGGGUUACAAAACACAGGACCUGUCGCUUCUCCAGACGUGGAGACACUUGCAUUCCCCAUGUAAUAAUAAUUCUGGAGUAUCUGUUCUCAUGACUCUAUGUUGUGCGGUUCCUUUAUUAUUCCUCCUAGAAGUUAUGAAUAAAUUGCUAGGAACUUGCAAUAAAGGUCCAGAUGGAUGUCACUAGUUAGAGUUCCUAAAUAGUCUGACUCCAUCCAUUCGGUGCUGCCAGGGACAUCUAGACCUAACUUCUAGCAGGAAUAAUAGAGGAAUGGCACAACAUUGAAUCAUUAGAAUAGAUGCUCCAGAAUUACUAUGAUGCUCCAGGAUGCAUGUAAUUGCCAAAACAGACAUGUCAGGAGAGGGGACGGGUCCUCAACCAUAGGGGGUACUAUAAAUUGCAUGUAAUAGCUGGGGGGGGGAGGGAGGGGUGUCUGCUAAGGAUGCUGCGGGGGGGUGUACUCUCUGCAGCUUGUACAUUUUUGGUAGAAUGCAUCUUAAGGAACAUUUCCACCCAAAACUAGAAAAAUACCCCAAAAAAGUCAAGCACCCUAAGGCCCCUUUCACACGGGUGAGUUUUCGGCGUGGGUGCAAUGCGUGACGUGAUCGCAUUGAAUCCGGAUUCAUUCAUUU